ACAAGUCUGACGUACAUUGUUUCCGGUUCCCUGUCUGUCCCUGCUGCGGCUUAAUUAUAAAUACGCCCUAGGCCUAUCUAUACAUUCAUCCAAAAACCAGUAAUAUUCAAACACCGAAAUACACCAAUAUGGUCGGUAAAAGGACAUCAUGCGUCGCCGUCCAUGCGGCUCUAAUGACAGUUCUUCUCAUUGCUAUAUCUGUCGUCUCGGAUGAUGCAGCGCCAAUACCUGCCGACAACGCCCAACUAAAUACCUGGUUCGACAACAAUGUCAAGCCGUACACGCAAAGCAAGGGUACUCUAGAUCCCGCACUGGUGAAGGCUGAAGAGGGUGUUAAAGUUAUUAAGGUCAGGAGGAAGGGAGGAGCAAAUUUCAAGACCAUCACCGAUGCCAUUAACAGCAUUCCGGCCGGGAAUACCAGACGUGUCAUUAUUUAUAUUGGACAUGGAGUCUACAAAGAGAAAAUUACAAUUGAUCCGUCUAAGCCGUUUGUUACUUUAUAUGGUGCACCCAACUCAAUGCCAACUUUGACUUAUGACGGUACUGCAGCGCAGUAUGGAACCGUAGAUAGUGCCACCUUGAUCGUGCAAUCCGAUUACUUUGUUGCCGCAAAUAUUAUCAUUGCGAAUUCUUCGCCAAGGCCUGAUGGGAGACGAAAGGGAGCUCAGGCAUCUGCUCUGAGGAUUUCUGGGGACAAGGCGGCCUUCCAUAACUGCAAAAUAAAAGGAUUUCAGGACACCAUCUGUGACGACAGGGGAAAGCAUUUCUUUAAGGACUGCUACAUUGAAGGCACAGUUGAUUUCAUUUUUGGAAGUGGCACAUCACUUUACAUGAACACUACACUAAACGUACUUGGGGAUGGUGGUUUCACGGUGAUCGCAGCACAAGCAAGGGAAUAUGAUGACGAAACUGGAUACUCGUUUGUACACUGCAGCGUAAUUGGCACUGGAAUCGGAACAUAUUUGGGAAGAGCAUGGAUGAACAAGCCCAGAGUGAUUUACGCCUACACCAUCAUGAGCGGCGUUGUCAGUCCCGUUGGAUGGAGCGACAACUUCCACAAAGAACGUGACGGCACCGUUUUCUAUGGAGAAUACAAGAACUCCGGACCGGGUGCAAGUGUUUCUGGCCGAGCCGAGUAUACCAAGCAAUUGAAUGAAGCUGAAGCCCAACCCUUCAUCAGCCUUGGCUUUAUUCAGGGUUCCUCAUGGUUGGUUCCUCCUCCAAAGUCACUCAGGUGAAUAUUUCUAUAAUGGAAUAGGAGUAACGAACUUUUGCUCGAAGUGAAAGUUGCGAAUCGAUCUCUAGAAGCUAGCUAGACUCAAACAAAUGCAAAUGGAAAUUCCAAUCACAUCCCUCGUCGGUGUCACAGCAUGCAGUACUGCACAUUUUGUACAUAGAAUCAGGCCUUAGAGUACUGUUGAUUUACAAGAAAGAUGUAUUAUAAAUUUUAAAUUUGAAGGAUGGUUGUAAGUGUCGUAUUAUUAUGGUCAAAACUAAAUUACUUUUUAUUGAACAAGAAAAUGCCAACAAUUAUUUUUAUAAAAAAUGAUUAAAAAUACAAUUAGUUUACAACUA